AUGGCUCAUUGCGAGCGGGUAGCGAAGCCUGUGCUUCAAUGCCUUCGCAAUUCAUACACACGAGCCUUGCCUGGCAUUCAGCUUCAGGCACGUGGCUUCCAGUCAUCUGCUGUAGUCGGAGAUGCGCAGCCCGAGCAGCAGCCAUUCCAUAAAGCCCCGGAUCCGGCACUAGUGUCAAGUCCUCGGCUUGAAAGGCGCUUGAUGCGACAGGGUGUCUCUCCCAUUGGAUCCCGCCGUCGCCGUGCAGCACUCCAGACCUCCGAAGGCAUCCCAUUCGAACAACUGCCCUAUCAAUGCUUCCAGGAGGCCCGGAAUAUUCUCCAGGCAGACCGUGCCGAGAAACUUGAGGAGAUUGAGAAGAUGCGUCAGAAGAUUGCCUAUCAGGAGGCUCUCUCGCCAGAGGAGGCUGGUGGAGAGAACGCGAAGAAGUCCCGUGUGACUGCGAUGCGGCUGCACUUAGAGCGCCUCAAGAUCUCAGCGGACAUCAAUGAUCCAUUGGUGAAGCGCAAGUUUGAAGAUGGCCAAGGUGACAUGAGCAAACCGAUCUACCGCUACCUGACUGAUAGAAAAUGGCGAGAAUACCGACGCAAGCUUCUCGUCCAACGUAUCACACAAAUGAAGGUUAUCCCAGAUGUCCUUGCCCACUGUGAUCCCGUUGUCGACGCCAAACUAUACUUCGGAAGGCGCCAGGUCCAGCCGGGCGACUUCGUGGAGGCCAAGACUAGCAUGGAAGUGCCUAAGCUUAAUGUGCAAAUGUUUGAGGCUGGAGAGAAAUUAGUCACUAUUGCUGUCGUCGACCCUGACGUCCCUAAUGUGGAGAAGGACAGUUUCGACUUCCGGACACACUAUCUUGCUGUGAAUGUGCCCCUCUCAGCUACUUCUCCUCGGAUCGACCUCUCCCAGCUUUCAACUGACUUUCAGGUGGUUCUGCCCUGGCUCCCGCCUGUUGCGCAGAAGGGCAGCCCUUAUCACCGUCUGUCUGUUUUCAUCAUGGAGCAGAAGGAUGCUAAAGCGCUUGAUUAUGCAGCUGUCAAGGCCCAAUCGGCCAGCCGCGAGCAGACCCUCCUUCGCACCCUCGAGUCCCGAUACCAGCUGAAGGCCAUCGGAGCUCAUCUGUUCCGUACCCAGUGGGACGAGACCACGGCAGAAGUCAUGCAAGCAAUUGGUUUCAGCGGAUCGGAUAUGGAGCUGCGCCGCAAGAGGGUCGAGCCUCUUCCAUACAAGAGAAGAAACCCUUCGAGUUUCCGUUAA